AUGUUGUCAAAUUUACGACGAGUGAUCGCAAGUGCGCCACGUCAGGUACGGCUGGAGUCGAACAAGACGCCGGCAGAUGGGCCACCACCAAGUCCGAUGGCGGGCAUUUUUGGAAUAAUGGGCUCGCCAUGGAUUGACCCGUUGCCAAAAGGUGAAAUGGCAGUGACACGUUUGGAUGAUCUGAAUAACCUUAUCCAUCGUUGCUCGUUAUGGCCGAUGACGUUUGGUUUAGCGUGUUGUGCCGUUGAAAUGAUGCAUUUUGCUGCUCCACGGUACGAUAUGGAUCGUUUUGGUGUCGUUUUUCGUGCAUCUCCUCGACAGGUGGACGUCAUGAUUGUUGCUGGUACGGUGACGAAUAAGAUGGCACCAGCAGUUCGUCGUGUGUACGAUCAAAUGCCGGAACCAAAAUGGGUGAUCAGUAUGGGUUCAUGUGCCAACGGUGGUGGCUACUAUCACUAUUCGUAUUCGGUGUUGAAAGGUGUAGAUCGGAUAAUUCCUGUCGAUAUCUAUGUUCCUGGAUGCCCACCGUCUGCUGAGGCGCUGCUUUACGGAGUGUUACAGUUGCAGAAGAAAAUUAAACGAAAACGUGAGGCUUUAAUGUGGCAUAGGAGGUGA